GCCUGGCAACAGCUCCCAAAUCUCGCGUUGGAGGCAAAAAUCUCCCCUGCACAUUUUGAACUGCGUAGCGUCCGGGGCAUCUUGCGUUGUGUGCGACGGACAAACCUGAACAUGGCAGAUGUCCCAACUCUUGAUGAGGAGCCAAAGCAAGACGAGUCUACCGCGUCCGUCAAGUCCGAAACCGACGAGACAUCUCAAGAGACACCCAAUGGAGUGAAAACGGAUGCUGAAGAAACUAAGCACCCCAUAGAAAAGCAUGAUGCUAAAGAGAAGUCCACCGGGAGCAGAAGAGGAAACCGCUACCAUCCCUACAAAGACAAACAUGGUGGAGAAAAGAAGGGUGCUCAUAGGAACCGGGUGUUCAUCAGCAAUAUCCCCUAUGAUAUGAAGUGGCAGGCAAUUAAAGAUCUAAUGCGUGAGAAAGUUGGUGAGGUUACAUACGUGGAGCUCUUUAAGGAUGCAGAAGGAAAGUCAAGGGGUUGUGGUGUGGUGGAGUUCAAAGAUGAGGAGUUUGUGAAGAAGGCGAUAUUAACUAUGAAUAAGCACGACCUGAAUGGAAGGCCACUCAACAUCAAGGAGGACCCUGAUGGGGAACAUGCCCGGCGUGUGCUGCAGCGCAUGGGAGGAGGUCAGCAGGGAAGUCGUGGGCAGGACAUGGGGCCUGGUGGGAUGAACAUCCCACCCUCCAUUGCCAACAAUCCCAACAUCCCACCUGAGGUCAUCCAUGCACUGCAGGCCGGACGACUGGGCACCACAGUGUUUGUGGCCAAUCUGGAUUUCAAGGUGGGCUGGAAGAAGUUAAAAGAGGUGUUUAGCAUGGCAGGGGUGGUGAAACGAGCAGAUGUGAAGGAGGAUAAAGAUGGCAAGAGCCGCGGGAUGGGAACGGUAACUUUUGAGCAACCACUGGAGGCUGUACAGGCCAUAUCCAUGUUCAAUGGACAGAUGCUUUUUGACAGACAGAUGCACGUUAAAAUGGAUGAGAAAUCUCUUCCCCCUGAUGAUUUCCGUCAAGUAGAAAAAACACCUCAGUUACCAAGGGGUCUAGGUGGUGUUGGCAUGGGACUGGGGCCAGGUGGUCAGCCUAUAAAUACCAACCGUCUGAGCGGUGGAGGAGGCAUGGGCUCCAUGGGGCCUGGAGGUAUGGAUGCUGCAGGUUAUGGUGGAAUGAACAGACUUGGAGGAGGAAUGAGUGGGGGCGGGGGCUUCGGGGGCAUGGAUAGCAUGGGCAACAUGGGCGGUUUUGGAGGGAGAGACAUGGCUCCAGUUGGUAGGAUGGGAGAUAUGUACCGCUCAGGAAUGGGUGGAAUGGAUCGGGACUUUGGCCACAGUGACAUGCCAGUGAAUCGAGGAUUUGGGGAUUCUUUUGGAGGAAUGGGCGGUGGGAUGGGCAACAUGUCAAUGGACCGCAUGGGCUCCAGCUUUGACCGUAUGGGCAUGUCAGGGAUGGACAUGAACCGUGGCUUUGGCGGCUAUGGAGGUGGGGGACCGGGCCACAUGGGUGGAGGGAUGUCAGACAGAGGCUCUGGGUCCAAAGCAGGCUGUCAGAUCUUUGUGCGAAAUUUGUCCUAUGAUCUUACAUGGCAAAAGCUGAAAGAGAAGUUCAGUCACUGCGGACAAGUAAUGUUUGCAGAAAUCAAGAUGGAGAAUGGGAAGUCAAAGGGCUGUGGAACAGUGAGAUUUGACUCACCAGAGAGUGCUGAGAAGGCCUGCAGGAUGAUGAAUGGAACCAAGAUCAAUGGCCGAGAGGUGGAUGUCCGUAUCGAUCGCAACGCCUAGAGCUUUGAUAGAAGUCAUACUAACACACUUCCACAUUCAGCCCUCUUGCCAAUUAUCUUUUGUUUUGUUUUAAAAACACAAUUACUUCAUCUCUCCAUGUGUCCACUGUUUCAGAUUUUUUUGUUUAUACAUACUUCAUAGCUCUUUUAUCUUUGUUUUGUAAACCCUUUUUAAUUUGUCAGGCAGUUGAUUUGAACAAAUAAACUUUUUAAUUUUUAAACCUGGUGGUUGUAAAAUCUCCUGAGAUCAAAGUAUCAAAGUUGUUCUUCACAGUGUGUAAAGCGAACCUGAGGUGUUGAUCUGUCAAUGAUCAAUAUUGACGUACAGCGGCCUCUUCAAAGUUGCGAAAUUCUGCAUUAAUCACAAAGGCAGCAAUUCGGAU